CCAGCGCGGGAGAACCUCGUAAAAGCGGUUACUAUUGAAUCAACCUAGACAAGGAUUAAAAAUAUUCCAAGCGUGUUCGUAAAUUAUUAUAAUACACAUUUGUUUAGAAUAACAAAUGCAGUGGAAAUCCCUUGAAUUAUGUUAUCCUACAAUUAAAUGCUGUCGCAUACAAUUUCAUUGUGUAUAAGCAAGACAUGACGACUGAUUCAAUCAGGGAAUUUUACAAAUCAAAAAAUGUUCUUGUUACCGGCGGUACGGGUUUUAUGGGAAAGGUUUUGAUAGAGAAGCUUCUAUUUAGUGUACCUGAUAUAGGGAAUAUUUAUGUUUUAAUGAGACCAAAGAAAGGGAAGUCCGUCAACCAAAGAUAUGAGGACAUGCAAAGAUUACCAAUUUUCGAUCGUCUGAGAAACACAAAACCAUCCUCUUUGAAAAAAAUAGUACCACUAACUGGAGAUGUUUUAUUUGAUGAUUUUGGACUAUCGGAGAGUGACAUGCAAAAAAUAUCUGAAGAUGUUUCGAUUGUUUUUCAUUUUGCUGCAACCCUAAAAUUGGAGGCACCUCUCUAUGAAAACGUGAAUAUGAAUACAUGCGGCACGCAAAGAGCGCUUAAUGUAGCUAAAAAGUUGAAGAACUUACGUUUAUUUAUACAUCUAUCAACCGCUUUCUGCUAUCCCGAUUACGCCGUUCUAGAAGAAAAGAUGCAUGCACCACCGGUAAAGCCUUCAGAUAUAAUGCAUCUUCUAGAGUGGCUUGAUGAAAAGAAAGUUGCUAUUCUGACUCCAUCUUUACUCGGACCUCAUCCUAAUUGUUACACGUUUUCCAAAAGACUAGCUGAGAAUAUUGUAGAAAAUGAAUAUGAAAACCUUCCUGCGGUGGUCGUAAGGCCGAGCAUAGUAUGUCCCUCUAUAAAGGAACCUGUACCAGGGUGGGUGGACAGCCUCAACGGACCUGUAGGACUUAUGCUCGGUGCUGGUAAAGGCGUUAUAAGAAGUAUGCUUUGCGAUGGAAGUCUCAUCGCACAAGUUGUUCCCGUUGAUACUUGCAUAAAUGCACUCAUUGCUAUCGGCAUGAUAGAAGGCAAGAGAGAAGAUAAAGCAGAGCUUAUGCCAGUGUAUAACGUAAACAUUGGUCAUCAAAAACCAACAACGUGGGGAGAAGUUCUCCAAAUUGGUAAAGAUUAUGGACGCAAGUACCCACUGGCUUGGCCACUGUGGUACCCUAAUGGUGAUAUCACGACGAACUACGUAUUGCAUGAAUUUAAAAGACUAUUUUAUCACCUAUUACCGGCAUAUUGCAUAGACUUACUUUUAUUCUUGUUGAGACAACCACGUUUCAUGGUACGUGUUCAAGACCGAAUAAGCCAGGGUUUGCAAGUUUUACAAUACUUUACAAUGAGACCAUGGACUUUCCCGUGUCCAAAUUUUGAUAGUAUACAAUCCAAAUUGGACAAGGAGGAACAAGUUAUUUUUAAUACAGAUUUGACAACAGCUGACCGCGAUGCUUAUUUGCAGCAAUGUAUUGAAGGAGGUCGAAUUUUCUGCCUUAAAGAAGAUCCUAGCAAAAUCCGCAUUAACAGAGCCUACCACAACUUCCUCUUCGUACUGGAUUGUUUAGUGAAAAUACUCUUCUGGCUACUGCUUCUAAGUUUUUUCGCUGCUUAUUUUACACCACUACGAGACGUAUUGAGUUAUGGAGAACCGGUCGUAAAAUAUCUGCCAUUUGUAGGACGGGUAGUAUGCGAUAAGGAAUAGUUAAAUAAUGUUUACUCUUUGGGUCUGGUUGUAUUGUAGAACAAAGGGAAAUCAAAGGGUAUUAAAUAUUCAGGGUUUAAUAUAUAGGGUAUUUUUGUACCGUGAACUAUUAGGGACUCAAUGUAUAAAAAGUUUGUAAGCAAGAGCAAACAUAAAAUCCGAUAGGGGGAAAGUCUCGAGUUAGUAAGACAAUAUCUUCAUGUAUAUUCAUGAAAUCAUGUUGGUUUUUGCCUUGCAAGUAUUAAUACAAUAUACAUUUUACAAAAAUCGAUUUUAUAAGAUAGUUAACAUUCUUAAAUAUAUUUGUUUAAGCCAAAAAAUCUAAAUUAUUUAACCCUUUAUAGAUCAGAAGGGACUACCAUAACAAUUAAAAACAAAGCACUUGUAUGAUAAAACUGUUAAAUUUUUAUUGAACUAAAAAUUAUAAAAAAAAUUUAAUUGUUGAAAAUAAUAUGGUGUCCAUAUAUUAGCCACUGCCAUUCAUGCUCUCUGAAAUUGUGCAAAACAUGAUACAAUGCACAGUGGCACUGCGCACUUUGUGUAUUCUAUUUUAGUUUUCUUGUUCACUGCUUUUGUACUGCAUGAUCUGUAUCUUCUGUAGGUAGGCAACUCUUUUGACAUAUUUGACCCCACAUCAGAUAAUCUCAGUCAACAAAGUCAUCAUUGUAUUGUGUACUCUGGUAUUCUCUGUACAUAAUUUAUAUAUUAGCAUUAGUUAUUACAGCGACCACCAGAAAGAAAAAAAUUCAUGCGCACCGACGCACAAUUGCUGUAAGAGUACCUAAAUAUUAAUUUCAAACUAAUAUUGCAAUAAUGCAAACAAAACAAAGAAAAAAUCAAAUGUGACCUGAGUAUUAUCCCUGUUCUGAUCAAUCAAUUGUUUAGUCAGAUCUUUUACAACACUAGCCUCUAAGCCUACCUCUGUGACGUCGCCUUUUUACAAGUGUAUAAUUCAAACUGGUAUAAAUAUCCAGUCUUGCUAUCACAACUUUCCUAAACCUUGAAACCGCGUUUUAGCGAUUUCAUGGGCUUGUAUUGUUUUAGCAUAUUUCAGCCUUUAAAUGUAAUCCACUCAUUUAUGCUCUGGGAGGUGCAACAUACUGCAGCAUUUUGGAAUGGAUCAUUCAUAAAAUUGAUCAAAAGGUCGGAAUUUUAAAAGUAUGUCAUACUCAGUUUCAUCUAUUUUGGUCAUUUCACUGAUGUCAUUUACGUUUGAUAAAAUUUUCUUGAAAGUCUUUAAACUGGCAUAACAUUUGCAACCUAAUGCACCCAAAAACAUGGAUCAAAGGACCAAUAUAGAUUAAUAUUAGUUAAAUUAUGUAUACAAAUAAUUUUAAACAUACCAAAAAAAGCAUUGAAUUCUGCGACUGUAACAGGAUCCCAAUCUUUUUGGUUAUUUUGUAUUGAAAAUAUAUUUGUCUGAUCAAAAAUAUGCGAAACAACGUCGUUACUGAAUAAGACACUAAAAUAAGCCCCAAAGAGUACUCCUUUUAGGAAUAGACUGGUUUGGUUACAAAAAAAUCUCAUCAAAUUCAUCUGUCAGAAGAUUAUGUGGAAAACUUUCUUUCUUCCACUGAUCGUCACCCAUUCCAUUUGAACUAGGAGGCAUUUGAACAUGUGGCCUAUCAGAAGUCAUUCCUUAACUAGAAGCACGAAGUAGUGAAGCAUAUGAUGAAUCUCGCGGGCUUGAAAGGGUAUCCGCGAGCUGAGUUUUUAACCGAAGGGACAAACUAGGUUAGAAAAUUUCACCAAGCUUAUUAACACCACUUACCUGGAUCUCUUCUCGUUUUGUUGGACAGAAAAAGAGCGCAUUGUAUUGUGUCCGAAAAAUGGACGGAGCACUAUAAACACCACAGACCUAUUUAUGCACUACGUUAAAUAAGAAAAAAGCACAAGUAGAAUUACAUUUUGUUACGUCAGCCUAAAAAUUACAGUUUCUAAAAAAUAAAUGGUAUAUAAAAACACUAUACGAACUACCUCUGGCAAAUAAUUUAGCAUCAGAGCACUUCCAUUUGUAUAUAUUAUUAUAAAGUACAUUAUACAGCAGUAAUCCAAGUUUAAUAGAAAUCUUUAUUGCAGAUACAAAAUUCACAUAAGAUUAAAAAUAAAGUAAGGAGUGUCACUUCUAAUUUAGCGUGGAGUCGCUACUGGGACAGCGAAAAUAUGUUUUUUCCAUUUAAACUGAUAUGAUAAGUAAAAGGUAAUAAUUUCGUAACUAACAUUUGAACAUAUGACCAUGGAAAUAUAACAAUUAUAAUUUAAAAUAUUAAAAUGUAUAAUCUAAACCUGAGACGUAUUUAUGGAUAUUUAUUACUCAGUUUACGACAAACCCACAUCAGAAAAAGACAAAGGCUAAUGUUAUGUCACUUAAAUUCAUAUAGUUACUGCAGAAUCAAGGCAAAAGAAUUAUUUAGAGUAUUAAGUCACGUGACUAUACUCUUAAAUAUCGCACCCAGUUGGUUCCCGUAGGCCGCAACCAUUCAUGAAACACCCUUCGUAAAAUUCACUCUGAGCCCAGAGUCGAAUUCCACGCGAACAAAGUCGCAAGCAAAAACUAAUACCUAAAGUAACAUCACGGUUUCCAAAAUUAUAAAUAUUCCAUAAUCAGUAUUGAAAGUUCUCCCAUAAUCAAAUGUGAAUAGAAGAACCUUGAAACUGUUACUAUUUAGAUAAGCUAACUAAAUUCCAAUAACUACAGUUAAACUAAGCAUGUAUUUUUCUAUGUUAAAGUGCAUUAUGUACCUGGAAAGUCAGUCGGUCAGUCCAAAUAGGACAAAAUUAUUACAUCUGCCAUUAUCAAUUUUCUAACUAAUAUUCGCAGGCAACGCGGCAGCGCAAUCAUUCUUUACUUCUUUUAAAUUAAAAAAUAAAGAGAGGAUGUGAUUUUAAAGCACAAAAAUAAGUAAUGUUAGUUUAUGUCAGUUAAUAUUUUAAAAUUUGUUGUAAUUAUGUAUCUAAUAAAACAAAUAAAUAAAUCGAAUAGAUUUUACUGAUUCCAAUGCAACAAAAAUCAUAGGAAGCAAUCUCAAAGACUAUACAAUGUAUAAUAUUAUAAAUAAAAAACUUUUUGAUAAUAUAUUCUUACAUACAUAUUGACACAUGAUAUAUUCACUGCCUAGCGUUAAUAAUGUUAACAAACUCAGGUUUAAGACUGGCUCCACCAACCAGGAAACCAUCGAUAUCUUCACAAGCUGCCAACUCCUUUGCAUUUGCAGCAGUCACUGAACCACCAUAUUGGAUACGGACUGAUUGAGCAACUUCUGCAGAUACA